AUGUCACACCCAACAUUCCUCUCCCUCCCCCGCGAAAUCCGUGACGAAAUAUUCAGCUACCUCCUCAUCUGCCAUCGUUCUCCCCGUCUAAACAACAAUCAUCCAAAUGCAAUACGCUCUUUCGAUCAUCUACCAUCAAACUUACCUGCUUCUUAUAAAAUCAGAUGUAGACAUCUAAGUUUGUUCAGGGUUAGCAAGCAGAUCCACAGGGAAGCUGCGGAGGUAUUUUAUAAACGAAAUAUUUGGCCGAUAAGGAUGGUUAUUGCGAGGGAGAGUGCGGAGUCGCCGGAUUGUAGGUUUAGAUUGCAUAUUACUUAUGAGGCUCCGUGGGAGGAGGUGGCGUAUGGGGUUGGUGAUGGUGAGGGUACCGGCAAGUUUUAUGAUCUAGAAAGGUUUUAUAAUCGAAACGGUUCGGGGGAGUUGGAAGACAAAGAGGCGAUUCUGUACAGAAAACCGGAUUUGUAUCCCACACCGCGGUAUAGGAGUUUUCUGCGGAAAGUACGGGUGGAAGUUAUCGAUUUCAGGUUUCAUGAAUCAGUCGGAGAACCCGCUAUAAAGAACCCCCAUGAGGAUUUUAUAUUAUCCCCGUUUUUGGGAAAGUUGAGGGCAUUGUUGGAACCAGCUGGUGAAGAUGUUGUGAUGAAUAUCAAAUUUAUGAGGGAUUGGAGGUCCGGACUGAGGUCUACGGGGGAGUCAAAUGGUGGUGGUGGUGUUAUUUCUUUAGAUACCGUUAGGCCAUUGACGAAAGGUGCUUGGAAGUGUUAUAUCCAUGCAGAUAUCGAUCAGAAUGGCGACGGGAGGGUGUUUAGAUGUCGAGCUGCGGGGAAUCGUGAUGAGAAUGGCAUGGUUGAAGGAGGAAGUGAGCCGGCCGAGUCCGAGGAGGUUUCUGUUGUAGGUGAUUGCUAUUAUGCGAUUGUCGAUGGGAAGGUUAAGUUAGUAAGAAAUGGGAUGAGAUAUACUUGCUGUUAUGGAUGUGAGAGGAGAGAUCUUGAGAGGAGGAGACUCGAAUUGUUAAAGAACGAGCCCAAGAGAAUUCGAUUUGGUUAG